AUGGCCGAUCGCUACAUCCCAGAACAUCGGCGAACGCAGUUCAAGGCAAAGAACCAGUUCAAGCCCGACGAGCUGCGCCGUCGUCGCGAGGAACAGCAGGUCGAGAUCCGGAAACAAAAGCGAGAGGAGAACCUCGCUAAGAGACGAGGCAUCCAAACUAGCGAUGGCGGCAUUAUAGGUGGCCAGGUCGGCGCUGAUAGUGAUGAGGAGGAAGGUGGUGCCAUCGAAGGCGAGCUUAAUGUCGAACUCCCUGAGAUGGUCAAGGGCGUCUUCUCGGAGCAGAUUGACGAGCAGAUCCAAGCUACCACCAAGUUCAGGAAGUUGCUGUCAAAGGAACGCAACCCCCCUAUCGAGCGCGUCAUCGAGACUGGUGUUGUCAGCCGCUUCGUUGAAUUUCUUCGUUCCCCACACACAUUGGUCCAAUUCGAGGCUGCAUGGGCUUUGACCAACAUUGCUUCCGGCUCUGCCCAGCAAACACAAGUUGUCAUCGAGGCCGGCGCCGUUCCCAUCUUCGUCGAGCUUCUCAGCAGCCCCGAACCAGAUGUCCGAGAACAGGCCGUGUGGGCUCUGGGUAACAUUGCUGGUGACAGCCCUCAAUGCCGCGACUACGUCCUCUCUGCGGGCGCCCUCCGUCCUCUGCUGGCUCUCAUCAGCGAUGGCCGUAAGCUAAGCAUGCUCCGAAAUGCUACUUGGACCCUCAGCAACUUCUGCCGUGGAAAGACCCCCCAGCCAGACUGGAAUACCAUCUCUCCAGCUCUCCCCGUCCUCGCAAAAUUGAUCUACAUGCUCGACGACGAGGUUCUUAUUGACGCUUGCUGGGCUAUCUCCUACCUGUCUGACGGGUCCAACGACAAAAUCCAGGCCGUCAUCGAGGCUGGCAUUCCCCGCCGCUUGGUCGAGCUUCUGACCCACGCCUCUACCUCCGUGCAGACUCCUGCUUUGCGAUCAGUUGGCAACAUCGUCACCGGUGAUGAUGUGCAGACCCAGGUCAUCAUCAACUGCGGCUCAUUGCCCGCGCUUCUCUCUCUGCUUGGUUCCACCAAGGACGGUAUCCGCAAAGAAGCUUGCUGGACCAUUUCGAACGUCACUGCUGGCAACUCUGUCCAAAUCCAGGCUGUCGUGGAUGCCAACAUUAUCCCACCUCUGAUCAACCUGCUUUCCAAUGGCGACUUCAAGACUCGCAAGGAAGCUUGCUGGGCUAUUUCAAACGCUACAUCUGGUGGAUUGCAGAAGCCUGAUCAGAUUCGCUACCUCGUUUCACAAGGUUGCAUCAAGCCGUUGUGCGACCUCCUAGCAUGCCCGGAUAACAAGAUCAUCCAAGUCGCUCUUGAUGGCCUCGAAAAUAUCCUCAAGGUCGGUGAUAUGGACAAGGAGUCCGCCCAGGGUGGCGAAGGUAACCUCAACCGCUACGCUCUCUUUAUCGAAGAGGCUGGCGGUAUGGAGAAGAUUCACGAGUGCCAGAACAAUGCCAACGAAGAAAUUUACAUGAAGGCGUACAACAUCAUCGAGAAGUACUUCUCUGAUGAGGAGGAAGCUGGUGGUGAUAUCGAUGAACUUGCUCCUCAGCAGACACAAACUGGGUUUGCCCUCGGAACCAACCAGCAACAACCUGGCGGCUUCAACUUUGCCAAUGGUGGUGGUGAUUCGAUGGAUAUGUAA